AUGCGUUUGCUGAUCAUAUUACUGUGCUUCUUGGUCCACUCAAGCGUAGAAUCGAUUACUGCUCAAGAUUAUGAAGAGGAUAUCUCCCUCGGUGGUUAUCAUCCGGAUGAUGGGCCCGAGAUUAUCCUCAACCCGGGUGACCCGGGGCCAUUGGAGGUGAACAUGGGUGGCCAUGUGUACUCGCGGUGCUCCGUCCGUGAUAAUCACGAAUACUCGUUCAAGUGGAUCAGACGUUUACCAGACCAUAGUUCACAAGAAGUCUCCUCCACUGCUGUCCUCUACCUAUCCGAUGUACGUGUUGAGGACAUGCAACAUCCACUCUAUUGUCAAGUCACACGUUUGUCUGACGGGCAAGUGUUUGAGAAAGUACUCAACAUUCGCAUGGUCGGUUAUGGUGGUUCGCUGCCCGCUGAACUAACGCUAACCAUUCGUUCAUUACCGGCGGAAGAUUUGUCCGCAGGACGAAUUAUGCGUCAGUGUCUGUUCGAGAACAAUGAGGAGAUCAACCAACAAUUUGAUUUUCGCUGGCUCGAUCAAAAUGGCCGGGUGGUAACCAAUGGGGAUGCGCUGUAUUUGAUGCUAGAGGAUCCAGCUGAUUUGGGCAACUAUACGUGUGAGGCUACGCAUCGGUCAUCCAGCAAUAUCUAUCAGGCCAAAUAUCAUGUUACCCGCUCGUCUCGCGCGCAAGCUUCGCAAUACAUUGUGACUAUCGUACCGGAUACAACUCAAGUUCUGUUGGGUCGUCCGUAUGAGAUGCUUUGUCGCGUGGAACCGAUGCCCUCGGAACCGGUCUCGUUCCGUUGGUAUCACAAGGAUCGAAUGGUUGGAUCAGACGCACGACUUCGGUUGCCUUCGUUGACCUAUCCAGAUCUGGGAAGUUAUGUGUGCCGAGCUGAAUGGACCCCGGCCUAUUCACGAACCGGAAGUAUGGCCGCCAAUGCUACAGUCGAUUUGUCCUUGGCUUUAACUAAAGAAGCAGAAAUCGAAAUGAGUCCUCCACCUGGAUCCGUUUUGGUCACAUUGCCUGGUGAAACCCGUGAAUUGCAUUGUGAAUACGGUCAGCUCUCGAAUCCGUCUGUUCAAUGGUUUUUUGAGGGUCAGCCACUUGAAAGACACCCAACUUUGAAUGCUUCCAGCCGCGUGUACCGCAUGGAUCGACUGCGGGUGAGUAUUAUCACUCUGCGUGGUGUAGAAGUUGGUCACGGCGGCACAUACGAAUGCCGAGUGAACGGUCAAAUUAAACAGACUCACGUGAUCGUCCGGGUUGAAGACGGUUUGGAGGUGAACCCAUCAGAGGACACAGUGGACGAAGGCACACCAGUGGAGUUCCAUUGUCGUGCACACGGAGCCGAUCGUAACGUAAAUCAAGAAAUGCAAUGGUUUUACCAACCGUUCUCCGGUGGUCCGGUUGAGCCAGUUAAUUUACAUCCGGAAACUGGUUUCGUUCGCCAGGACCAUCCUUAUGCUUCACACACUAGUUUUAUCAGCCGAUUGCGCGCACGGAAAUCCGACGAAGGUAUCUACAUUUGCCGUCUUCCGUCUCAGGGUGCUGAAGCUCGUGGACGACUUUAUGUUCGAGCCACUGUACAAUACCGCGUAGUGAUCACUCCAUCUGUCGUAAAGGUCCGUGUGAACAAUCCGAUCGAAAUGGAGUGCUAUGUGAUGGAAGAUACCGGACGUCCAGCCGAUGUUCUGCCCACAUUCAGUUUGAUGGAUUCCCGAAUCCGUUUCGAACAAGAACGGGUAGCCGCCAAUCGUGUUCGUUUCAUUAUCCGAUCUGGCCUGGGGGCCGAAUACAACGGAACUCAAGUUCGCUGCUCAGUCGAUGGAACCGAUCGAUUUGCAACAUCUACCAUUGUGAUCGAAGAUACUUGUCCGCAUGGAUUCCGCCGUUGUCGCUCCGGUGACUGUCUCCCGGCAGGUCGAUUCUGUGAUGGUGUACGCGAUUGUGCAGAUGGCUCAGACGAAGAUCCGAGAUUGUGCAAUGAAUGUGAACCCACGGUUAGGAAAUGUGAAUAUUAUCAAAACCGCGCACCACUCAAAUCGACACAUAUGGUUCAUUGGAUCUGUGACGGUGAAGAUGAUUGCGGAAAUGGAUUUGAUGAGGCCAAUUGCCCAGAUCCUUUGUUUGCGCAAUGCGGUGACUACAUGUUCACUUGCCCCAACAGCCAACGCCGAAUUCCCCGAUCGUUCGUUUGUGACAAGGACCAGGAUUGUGAAUACGGAGAAGAUGAACGUAACUGCGCUGGCCCCACCAUUGAAUCUUCCGGGAACUAUCGCCACUCCGUCCGAGCCGGCACACAAGUGGUUCUCACAUGUCGUGUGACCGGUCACCCAUUACCUCGUGUGAUCUGGCGUUUCAACUGGGGUUGUUUGCCCGAGAAUGACAACAGAUACCGGGUAACAAGUGUGGCACAGAAUUGCGAUUCACCAAUGCCAUCUGUUGUCAGCACUCUGACCAUCUCCAACGUGCGUCCAGGAGAUGAUGGUAUUUACAAUUGUGAAGGUCUGGCGGGAUCGAUGCGCGCUAUGUCCAAUGACUAUUUCGUGAUGAUUGAGUACUAG